AUGGGUUCCCCCGGCCAUCUUGUUAACGCUAAUUAUGUGAAUGCUUUGCCUAAUUAUAACCGUGAUUCUCUGUUUGACACUGCAGCGAAGCUUUACGGCAUCAAGCCUGAAAACGUCUGCUGCGUAAUCCAGCUGAAAACCGAGAUCUUCGCAGAUACCGAACUCUCGGAGUGGCUACGAGACCAGUUGAAUGCCACCAUGAACACACGUGAUGCAAUGGAUGUUCUUAAAUUUAAUCUGCAUCAAGCCCGGCCCUUGGUUCUCAUCUUAAGAGAUGGAGAUGAAGCUGAAGCUGACCGCGAGGAGACGCUGGAGAAGCUCAAUAACUUGAAGACCAUGAGGUCCAUUUUGGAGGGAUUUAAGUUGGUGUGCGUCGAGCAUGAGAAACUGACGACGGUGUUAGAUGGCCUUAGCCGGAGGAAACAUAAUCUAGAUCACAAUCUCGGCAGGAUCAAAGCCUGGAGGAAGGCAUGGAACAUAGCUCAGGGGAUAGUCAAGUUCGGAGUCACUGUGCUUUCUGUGCUGAUCCCGGUGGCAGGGUUGCGGCCAGCUGCCACCGCCGCUAACAACGGAGCCGGUGGGGUGGUAGCGCUUCUCCAGCCCUUGGUAGACUCCCAUCUGGCUGGUCAACAGAGCUCAUGCGAGGAUGAGAUAGACCUCAUUGAAAAGAUCUUGAGCGAAGCUUGCUUCAUAUUUCAUAGGGUCAAGAGCGCCCCGAGGUCUUGUGGAGGAGUUGCAAAAUGA